AUGAGUCCUACUCGCAGAUCGCAAAACUUAUCUUCACAAAUAUCUCCGCAUAAGAAGUCACCUACAAAGACUCCUUAGCUAUCUCAAGUAAAUACGGCUAGUUCAAUUAAAGAACUUAAAACCACUUCUUAGAAAGGCGAAGCCUAGAAUACCCAGGAGUAAAAAGAAAGUGAGAGUAAAGGUUCUGGAAAUAAUACAUCAGCAAAGCAAAAUACAUCACAGCCGAUUCAAUAAGCUUACAAUUUGAGAUCAACUCAAUCAGGCGACAGGAAAAAACUGAAUAUUAGUGAAUUCAAUCCAGGGACCUCAAAAGAAAACAUUAGAGAGAAGUCUGAAGGGGUAAAAGCCAACAAAACACUCAACCUGAAGUCACAAACCAAACAAAUAACUACUAAAACCCCUAAUGGCAAAAAUGUAACUAAUCACCACAAUCAAAACAUCGACGAUAAGCAGUCUUAUGAGUCACCUGAAGUUAGAUACAGAUUUGCGACUGAGAGAAUCAACCUACCCAGAGGCAAAGUAGUCAGAUGCUCAAGAUCUUCCUCAGCUAACGGUUCAAGAAGAAAUUCUCAGUCACCAGUCAAGCUCCCCAGAAAUAUGCCUCCACUUUAGGUUCCUAAUUUCCAGGACAAGAUGGACUACUUCAAGGAGUACUGGAGACUCUAUUUCUAAAAUGAGAUUUUGGUAGCUGACAUCGAAUAAACAGCUCACUCCAACUAUAAAAAUCUUAAGAAAAUUUAUAACCUUGAGGAUUACUACGAGCACAAUUUAAUUCCAUAGGUACUUGCCUACCCUCAUAAAUUUUAACACAGAAUUAAUCAAUAGAAGCUCUAAAAACAACAGUAGCAAUAGAAGCUUAUUAUGCAAUAGAAAUAACAGCAAGAAUUGCUACAGUAAAUGAAGUCAAAAGAUGGCUCAUAACCUUAAUAGUCUACUAACAACGAUCAAAGUAACAAUAAUGAAGGAAGCUCUCAGGGAACUAAUGGGAAUGCCCCUCCAAUGACAAUGAGUAAGGACAGAAUGCACAAGAGAAAGAAGCAUCUUAGAAGAACAGCUGCUGAGAUUGAAAGAGAUUUCACUUGCCCAUACGCAGACUGUGGAAAGUUUUACGGGAGUGAGGGUAGUUUGAAUCUACAUAUUAAAAUCAAACAUAACGGUGGCAACAAAACUGAGAGAGAAAAGCUAGCAAAAACCCUUGUGCAAGCAUACAUCAAUGGCUCUAUAAACAGAGAGUUGGACUAACUUGAUCUUAAUCUACCUCCAGGAGCUUUGCAAAAAGCUGUUAAAAAGGCUGGCCUGGUACAGGCAGUAUCUGAGAACGAAAUACUACGACAAAUAUCAAACCAGCUCUAGGUCCAUUCAGCUGCUGCCAGCACCAUUAUAACUUCAGCUAACAUAAGUAAUAUCAAUCCGAAGACAGCAUGA